AUGCGUAAGCAGGAAGGUGGUCAAUGGGGCCGUUUAAGCAGCUCAACAACGUCGAUAAGAUCUGGUAAUUACACCACGCCACGUAACUAUGGCUCGAGUCUGAGUUCCUAUCGAUAUUCGGCCUCUUCAUAUACACCGUCGUCGCGUCCUCCUCCGGCGCCAUCUACGACUGCUUCAGAUGCUACUAGAGGUGAGUCCAUUCUUCGUCGGAUAUUACAAUAG